AUGGAUACUUUUGGUGGCCUCCUGCCUCCUAUGGUUGGAGAUGGUGACACCGCUAAUGCACAAGAGCUGCAAAAACUUUUGAUUGAUGAAAAAAUGCGAUGUGAACACCAUAAAGCAAAUUAUCAAACUCUAAAGGCAGAACAUUUAAGGUUACAGGAGGAAUAUACAAAAUCACAAGAUGAGCUGAAGCGGUUGUUAGUUGAAAAGCAAACUGUACAUGACAAAUUUCAAUUUCUCCUUGCUGAAUAUCAAGAGGAGUUGCUGGGUAAAACGCAAGAGCUGGAAGAACUGAAGAUGCAGGUGGUAACUCCUCAAAAAUUGGAAUUGCUAAGAGCACAAAUACAGCAGGAAUUGGAAUCUCCUAUGAGAGAGCAUCUGAAGAAGUUAGACAAUGAAGUGGAAAAAUACAGAACAGAAUACAACAAACUUCGUUAUGAGAAUACCUUUCUAAAGUCAGAAUUUGAACAUCAAAAGGAGGAACAUGCACGUAUUUUGGAGGAGAAAAAAAUAAAAUAUGAGGCUGAGAUAACAAGGCUGGAUAAAGAUAAAGAAGAACUCCAUAGUCAGCUGCUUAGUGUUGAUCCCACAAGGGACAGUAAGCGCGUGGAGGUACUCUCCAGAGAAAAGGCACAACUGCAUCAGAAGCUGAAAGGCUUGGAAGCAGAAGUAGCAGAACUGAGAGCAGAAAGAGACAACUGUGGUGUACAAGCAGAAAAUGUUCAAAGGGUCCAAGUACGACAGCUAGCUGAGAUGCAGACUAUGGCCAGAUCUCUAGAGGCAGAAAAAAAGUCAGCUGAACAACAGGUGGAUCGCAUUGAGAAAGAACUGCAGAUGAGCCAUGAGCAAAACAUUCUUUUAACCAGCAAACUUCACAAAUCUGAACGUGAAGUCAAUUCAUUAGCUGCUAAAGUAGAAGAACUUAAACAUUCACAUAAAUUAGAAGUAACCAAUGUCAAAUUGGAGGCAGCAAGAACAAAGAGUGAGGUAGAAAGAGAGCGGAACAGGAUUCAAAGUGAAAUGGAUGGUUUGUUAUCAGACAAUGAAAUUCUGAAAGCAGCUGUUGAACGUCAUAAGGUGCUUUUAGUUGAAAAGGACCGGGAGCUAAUUCGUAAAGUGCAGGCUGCCAAAGAGGAAGUUUUUGAAAAAAUUGCAGUAUUACAGGAUGAAAAGUCGGAACUUGAGAACAGAUUAGCUGAUCUAGAGAAGAUGAAAGCUGAACAAGAUACUUGGAGGCAAUCUGAAAAGGAUCAGUAUGAAGAGAAACUGCGUGUUGUACAAAUGGCAGAAGAAUCUAGCAAAAAGGAACUUCAGCGACUACGAUUAAAAAUUCAACAGCAAGCUAUUCAAACAGAGGAGCUGGAAGAGAAGAAAACGGAAGCUGCUGAUCUAAAACAGCAAAUUCAUGACUUGCAGCUCCAAGUUGCCUCACUUUCUCAGUCAGAAAAUGAUUUGCUGGAUUCUAAUCAAAAGCUGAAAGAAAUGGUGGAAAGAUUGAAACAAGAAUGUCAAAAUGCAAGAAGUCAAGCAGAAAGAGCUCAACUGGAAACAGAGAAGACUUUAGAAUACAAACGUAUUGAAUGGCUGGAGGAGAAGCACGAACUUACUCAGCGUAUCACAGAAAGGGAAGAGAAAUACAACCAAGUGAAGAACAAGCUGUGCCGAGCUGCCGUUGCUCAAAAAAAGAGAAAGACUCUUAAUGAUAAUAAACACAGGAGGAUGCAAGAGAAACUGGAGCUUUUGGAAGCCAAGAUAGAAGAACUGGAAAAAGAAAAUCAAGUGCUAAAUAGGCAGAAUGUUUCCUACGAGGAAUACACACGCCUCCAGAAGAGACUGAAGGACUUGCAGCGCCGACACAAUGAGUUCCGGAGUUUGAUUCUGAGCCCUGACAUACCGUCACUCAAUCCAGCCGUGGCAGCGUCAUCAUCUGCGCUGCCCCCGGGCCCAGAGCUCUCCUUUCCCCUGCUCCAGGUGCUGGAGGAGCAGCACCAAAGGGAGCUCUCCCUGCUGCGCAAGCGGCUGGAGGAGCUCGAAGCGGCGCAGAGGAGGCAGCUGCAGGAGCUGGGGCCAGCGAGGGCGCACGGUGCGGGGGGCGCCCACGGCGCCGUGCCGAGGGAGCCGAGCGAGGGCUCGCAAUAA